AUGAAGUCUUACAUGGGUGAGUAUUAUUUUUUACAGAGUGGAAGGAAUUACCAUGUGGCGAAUGGACAGAAUCCCAUGUGAGCUCCUGGUUAAAAUUCAUUGGAGUGAAAGAGACGUACAUUCUGAAACUGUACGAAGAGGAGGUUACAGGACCUGCACUAAUUGAGUUACAGGAAAAGUAUCUACGCGAUACAAUUGAAAUGAAAGGCGGCCAAAUCCAACUAAUGCUGCACAAACGAGAUGAACUUUUGAAGCCAGUACCACAAAAAACAAAAGCAGUCAGUAGCACACAGAGAGGUACCAGAAAUGUUGAAUCUAGUGCUGAAUUCACACAAGAAUCUAAAGACAAAGUUGCGAGAUCCAGUGAAAAAAGUAGACCCGUUUCCAUACCGAAUGAAGGUGAACCAAAAUCAGACGGUGCAUCUUUGCCGCUUUGUGACUUUCGUAAAUUUGAUGACAGUGACAAAGAAUUCAGAUAUGUCAAAAACACAGUACUUCCACCAGAGACUGGAAUUGAAAACAUGAUUGUUCCAUGCCAUGAAUACAAGUCACUGGAAAAUGCCCACAAAUUGGAAUCACAAAAACUCAAGGUCAAAGUUGCAAGUGAGGUGCUCAGAUUUUCAUGUGCAUGCAUGAAUAUGCGGUCCAAUGGCACAAUUCACUUUGGGGUCAUGGAUAAAGUCAAAGGCAUCUACAAACAUGGUGAAAUCAUAGGAAUACCAGUUCAAAACCAAGAUGACUUUGUGGAUGCAUUAGACUACAUUGAAAAGUGCUUCAGAGGAUCAACCCAUCAGUCUGAUGCCAGGAAAUGCAUAAGGAACCCAAAGUUCAUUGAGGUAAUUGACAAGGAGGCCAGUGAAACAACCUGGAUCAUUGAAUAUGAUGUUGUCCCCAAGGCAAAAGUGGUGAAAGACAAACUGUACAAUGUCACUAUUCCAAAGUUCAGCGAGAAAGCCAACAAAGUAAUCUAUGAGGAGAAAGCCCCCUAUCACAGAGUAGGGGCUAACACACCCCACAUAUCAGAGGAUGGCCUAAUUCAUUUCAUUCAAGGUCUGAGGGACAAAGAUCAACAGAGAGAGGAGGCUGAACUCUCAGAAAACCAAACAGCUUCUGACUGUAGAGAGGAUCAGAAGAGAAAACUCUCCAUCCUCCUCACAUGUGGAAAAAAGUACAUGAAUGACUCACUGUUCUACAUCAUAGUGACAAACAAACUUCAACAAAAACAUCUUGAGAACAUCAACUUCUUGACUCACAUGAAUAUAUUUUGUGUGUUUGACUUUGACCCAGACUCGAAGACAUCGGGUCUAUGUGAUAAAUAUAAAGAGCACCAUGCCGCAAGCCUUCAUUUUCUGCAUGACUAUGCUAAUGAUAGUGGGGUGAGCACCACUGACUUCAUAAACCGUUUGAAGCUCUUUGAUAGACCAAGCUGGAUUUUCUGCAAUGGGCGAAGCGAUUACCGUGGAGAUGAGAAACCUUGUGAUGAAGAAACCUGGAUGAAAACCAAAAAAAAGCAACUGAAAAGGGCAGUGUCCGUCAUCUGCAAUGAAAUUCUUCCUAAAGGGUCAUUUGUGGUGGUUUUCUUGCUCAUGUCUCAGGUCGAACAGCCUCUUGUUGAUACAUUCCAUGAAUUCUAUGCAGAAAUGAAUGGUGGUGAUGAUUUGGCUAUAAUAUCAGAGUCAAAAGAGAACUACAAAAAGUGGUCUAGCCUUGCCCAGGUAUCUUGUAGCAUGGCUGCACUCAAAGAGAUCAGUAUUGUUGAAAUGCCACUGAGUCAUGUUGAUGCCACUGUUCAAACUAUUCAGCUUUCAGUUAGUCAACCAACAAGGCGCUUACCAGUCUUCAACAAAGGAUUGUGCUUCUUAAAGGCAGUUGAAGAGGAUGAGAUUAAUUCUUUGGACAUAGUCAGUGUUGACCAGUGUGAUAACACAAAGGUGGAGAUAAUGGACCAAGACAAAAUCAGCACCAUUGAGAAGUAUUUCUAUCAAGGUGGGAAGAUAGACUGGAUGAACUUGUGGCUUGCAGACAAAAAUCUAUGUGGAGAGGUCAUCAAGCGAGAUGCAUACAAAGAAACUAAUGAAAUUCUGGAGAACAUUGUACAUUGUAGUCAAGUCAAAAGAUCCAUUGAGACUGUGAAUAUAUGUCACCAUCCUGGCAGUGGUGGGAGUACAGUUGCACGACAGAUCCUCUGGAGUUGGAGGACAAAAUUGCGAUGUGCAGUUGUUAAACAAUUAAAGGAAUUCACAACUGUGUGUGAGCAUGCAGUGCGUCUACGGGAAUAUGAAGAAAAAGACAAAAACAGCUGUCUCCCUGUACUGUUGCUGUUGGAAGAUUGCAAUGCAGAUUAUCUGGAUGACCUUAGGCGGGAAAUAGGCAACGCAAUUGCAACCAAGAAAAUAAGUGCCUCUGUCCUAUGUUUUAUCCUGCUCAUUUGCAAAAUGGCCCAUGAUCCAGAGAGGAUGUGCCGAGCAUUGCCGUCUCAGACCGUCGCAGUGACACACAAACUGACAGAUGGAGAGAAGACUCUCUUCUCAAAGAAACUGAAGAAACUAAAGCUGAAAUUUGAACAUGACUUCAUUCUCACAUUAGUACUGAUGAGUGAGGAGUUUAAUCCAAGCUACAUUGAGGGAUUUGUGAAGAAUCUGCUGGACAAUAUUGAUCAUUCAUCUCUCAUUACUCGGCUUAUGAGAUUUGUAGCAUUGUUGAACUGUUACAUUCAUGACUCCUACAUAUCUGUGUCACACUGUGAGGCUUCCCUUGGCAUAGAUAUGCACGUGGAUAAAAUCCGUUACCAUGCAUUUCUGGACAGUCUUAGUGAACAAGCUAGACUUGUUUUCAUACACCUUUCACCUUUCAAAGGAGAAAAUCCAUUAUACCUCUCGUCCAUACGGAUAAUUCAUCCACUGGUGGCAAAGGAAAUUCUGAAGCAGCUCUCUACAACCGUGCCUCAAAGCAUGAUAGCAAUGGAUCUACUACAGGACAAAGUACUGAUGAACCAUAGGUUUGGCAAGGAUGAAUUUUGGAAGUUCAUCCAAGUUCUCUUCAUCAGACGCAACAAAAAAAGCAGAGGAGAUCCUAAAGACAGUUCAUUCUCUCCUCUGAUUGAACAUGUCAGCACUGAAACAGGAGGAAUUCAAACAGCUGUUGAUCUUUUGAAAGCAGCCUACACAUCUUUAGGAAAAGAUCCAUUUGUUGCCCAGCAGCUUGCACGUCUGCUUUACACAAACACAAGAUUCAAGGAAGCCCUACAUUGGGCUGAAGAGGCAAAAAAAAUCCUGCCAUUUGAUACAUUUGUCCUUGACACAUUAGGACAGGUGUACAAGUGGUGGUUUUAUCACAUGCACGACACCCUUGACAAGCAAGAAUUACUGCCUGAAAAGGUUACUGAAAUCAUAGACACUGCUCUGAAAGGAAUUUCUGCAUUCCGUGCCUCAGAACAAAAACCCUUAAAAAAAACAGUCAGUUUGAACAGUUCCUACUAUGGGGAGGUGGAUGUUGGAUGUAGACUGCUUCAACUCAUAUCAUCAGUUGAUGUUUUUUCAACCAAAGGUGGAAAUUCUGAGCUGAUGAAAUACUUGCUGACUGAAUACAUACCACAGGCAGUUAAAAAACCCUGGCGGAGUUUCCACAGCCAGUUGAAAGGAAUGCAAAAGAGUAUUUACCAUGCUCUUGAGUGCAUUUCUGAAGACCUCAGUUACUUUCAGACAGACAUUAGUGACGAGGAACAGGAACUUGACACAAGAGAGCCUGAACAAGUUCACAAUCCAAGGAAAUGGCUGACAAGGACGAGUGCUGUGUAUGCUGGCUUUUUUUGUAAUGUUUCUGAUCUAGGCAACCCAAUGCCUGACAACAUUGAUGAUGAAAUGGCCACUAAAGCUGAAAUAGCCAACUCAUUCCAAAGACAAAUGAACAUUUACAAGCUAGGAGGAGGAAACAUCACAUCCAUCCUCUCCUUACUCUAUGAUCAGAAGACAGUGAGAUCUGCUAAAAAGCUGGAGGCAAUAAUUGGCAUGUAUCCAGAGAACCUCAAAAGGAAUGACCUCGAACAGACAGAACUUGUCAACUUCAUCUUUUGUCAGAUAGCUCUUGCUUGUGCUUUACCUGGCUCAUCAAAGCUACUUUUACCUGAACAACUCCAAUAUCUCAGCAUGAGAUUUAACACAGAGGGAAAAAACACUUCAACAGCUAGUGCUCUUUUUCUUCUCUUACUUCUGCUCUGGCCAGAGGAGCCAAGCAGAGAGAAUCCUAAUCCAGCUCAUAGCCAAGUCCUCAUGUCAGCAAUUGAUGCACUUCAGAGACUUUAUGAGCUCAAAAUUCAACAUGUUCCUCCAAGAAAGAGUAGAAUAGCGACCCACUUCUUUCUUGGAAAGGGAAAGGGUCUGUACAAGAUUGUUCACAAGGGUCUGAUUGAAAAGCACAUAAAAGGAAAUCUCAGUGAAAGAAGAAUGAAGUGGCUAGGAGGUGAGGUGUGGACAACCCCUGAGGUUGUACGAUUGCUGAAACGUGUUGAAGGAUGGACAGAAAAUGGACACCUGUUUGUUCAGGGCACAACCAAAGGGAGCAAGAUCAGGGUCAUUCCACGGUAUUCAGCAUCUCUACCAAAUGCAAACGAAAAUGUAACUUUCUACCUAGGCUUUUCUUUUGACGGGGUGCUUGCUUUUGACAUUCAAGUUUUGGACUAAUCUAACAGGUCUAAGGAGUAAUGCUACAAACCACAAGCAUUAAUACAAAAUAAGAUCCCAAAGUGAUCGCCUACUACGUUAUCUAAGAGCUGUUUAAUUUUUUUUACAUUUUAGUAAUUUAGCAGAUGCUCUUAUCCAGAGCGACUUACAGUUAGUGAGUGCAUACAUUUUCAUACUGGCCCCCCGUGGGAAACGAACCCACAACCCUGGCGUUGCAAGCGCCAUGCUCUACCAACUGAGCUACACGGGAUAUCGCCAGUCAAUAGGUGACACUGCUGUUUGAUCUGAGUUUGGUAUUCUAUUGUAGCAGUGAGCCAAGUGAGGCACUGUUUACUAUGCACUGAACUGUAAAAUAAAUGAUACUGUACCUCCCGGGAGCGACGUUCAGAAUCAAAAGUCCAAAGUUAUGGUCACAAACAGAGUUUAAAGGGGUUAUUAACAAAAAUAGACAGCCAAAAGACUAACCCAGUCAUUACUGUAGUUCAGUACAUGCCAAAGCCAAAUGCUCAGCAUUCCGUGUCACUUGUAAAUCAUGCAGCAAACGAAACCAUUUUGCCAGAGUUUGUAAACAAGCAAACCUCAACUCAAUCUAGUAGAGGAAGACAAUGAGUCAGAUGACCAAGCAACAGAAGUGGACACAGCAGCCCUACCUGUGCAGCAGCUACCAAGACGGAUACCUAUUCCACUGGAAGAAAAGAUUAAAGGCCAUACACUCAAUGGACAAUGACAAAAUCAUCACAAAAGAGCCAACACUGUAGAUCAGCAACAUGGUCGUCAUUGAAAAGCCAGAAAAACGACGAAUCUGUAUGGACCCUAGUGCACUCAACAAAGCCUUACUGAGAUUGCACUACCAGAUGCCCACCAUAGAAGAGAUUCCACCAGAGAUAUCCAACGCAAAGGUAUUCUCAGUACUCAACGCCAAAGAUAUCCAUUGGUAAGUCAAACUUGAUGAAGAGAGCAGCUAUCUAACAACUUUCUGGACACCCAUAGGCAGGUAUAGAUGGCUGAGAAUGCCAUUUGGAAUCAAGGCAGCAGCUGACGAAUACCAGUGCAGACAGCGUGAACCACUACAAGGCUAAAAGGAGUGAGUGUCAUCGCAGAGGACAUUCUACCCUAUGGAUGUGGCGGCACAAAUGAGAAGAAGUGAGAACAAGCAAUGGCAUAUCAUAUCAGAAACCUCACAGCUCUCCUGCAGAGAGCCAGAGAUAUCAAUCUGAAGUUGAACGAAAAUGAACUCAGGUUAAAGCUACCUAGUGUGCUGUAGCAUGGGUCAUCUUCUCACCACAGAGGGUCUUCGCCCCAUACCCAGAGAAGAUAACAGCCGUUUAGAACAUACAGACACCGACCAACGUCAAGUCACUACAGCGGCUGUAAGGGUUUGUGAACUAUCUUGAAAAAUCUAAAGGAAAAGGCUGCACACUGCUGUUCAUGCUCGCAGCUGAUUUUAUUGUUACAACGUCGACCCUUAAGUCUUCAUCAGGCAUCAAUAACCUAAGGGUCGAAACGUUGUAACAAUAAAAUCACCUGGGAGCAUGAACAGCAGUGUGCAGCGUUUUUAUUUUUCAUGAAUUCACCUAGAACUCCAACACCUACAUACAAGUACCUGGAUGUGCGUAUGUUCUUCAGCUUUUGUUUAUGAACUAUCUUGCAAAAUUCAUGCCCAAUCUAUCUGAUGUGUGCGAGUCGCUCAGACGACUGAUUGACAAGGGCAUUGAAUGGACAUGGCUGCCACAGCAUGACGCAGCAGUUGAGACUAUUAAACAGUUAGUCACACAACAUCCAGUGCUUAAAUAAUACGACCUGAAUGAUGAAGUCACUCUGCAAUGUGACGCCAGUGAAACAGGCCUUGGCGCAGCCCUUCUACAGAAAGGAAAACCUGUUUGCCUCCAGAACAUUGACUCAGACAGAACAGAGAUAUGCACAGAUUGAAAAAGACUGUCUCGCCAUUGUUUUUGCAUGUGUCAAGUUUGAUCAGUUUCUGCAUGGCAGAGAGUUCAUCACAAUACAAAGUGACUACACAAGCCGCUCAUGACGAUCUUCAAGAAAUGUCUACUCACAGCACACAAGCGACUGCAGAAAAUGUUGCUUAGGCUACAAAGAUACCAGCUCCAUAUGCAAUACAAACAAGGCAAAGAACUACAUGUAACUGACUUCCUGUCCAGAACAGCUCUAUCAACCACAGAGCACAGACAAACGCAAACACCAGCCAGUCUACGCUAUGGCCCUGACCACAACUGACCAGGAACAAUUGGAUCACACCGUGAUGUGAACAUCUCAACUAAGACAGCUCAAAUCAACAAAGGCUGGCCAGGAAGUUCGGAACCAAAUAGGCUGUGAGUCACACUGAGAGAUUUCUGGACACACAAAGAGGAGCAUACGUUUCUUUCGCGUCGGGAACAACAGUUGUUGACAACUGUAGCAUUGUAGCUAAGCCUAACCCUUUUCCUAAUCUUAACCUCAGUCUCCUGACCUGCCACUCUAAUUCACCUAACCUGCCACGUUAAUUAACCUAAACUGCCACGUUAGAUAUCCUAACCUGGUAUGUAAACAAAUCAUCUGUGUCGAGAAACCAUCAGUCUCAUUACACCGGAAUGGCAGGUGUCAAUGGGAGUUUCCUGAUAUCAGUGUACACCUACAUCAAGAAACGUGGUUUGCAAUUACACCAUGUUCUGUUUUCUGGCCAUGGAUUACGGAGGACGUAAAGCUCUUCAUCAGCCAAUGUGUCACCUGCAACUCCAUCCAGAAGAGACAGCAAAAGGAGACACUCAUCCCGCACCAAAUCCCUCCCCUCCCAUGGUCCAAGGUCGGAAUGUACUCACUUUCAACUAAACCAACUACCUCAUCAUGGUAGGUUAUUACUCUGACUAUUGGGAGCUAGACGAGCUGACUGACUCCCUCAGCCACCAUCAUUAAAUGCUGCUAAAGACAGUUCAGCAGACAUGGCGUUGCCCACACUGUUGUCUCUGGCAAUCCGCCCCCCUUUCCGAAAUAGAUUUCCCAAAAUGUGAUGAUGAGUAGGUAUUUAGGCACGUGAUAUCAUCACCAUACCAUGCCAAAGCAAUUGGAUGGUGAAGACCCAUGGAAAACAGUGCUGGCAUGGAGGAACACUCCAACAGAGGGACUCAUCAGUUCUCCUGCUCAGCGGCUCAUGUCAAGGCUCACACGCACGCUCCUGCCCGCCACGGACACACUGCUCAAACCCCAAGUGGUACAAAAUGUAAUUGCAAGAAAACAAGCCAAAGGACUGACAGCAAAACACCACUAUGACACACGUGCCUGUGACAUGCCCAACAUCAUCCAAGGACAAACAGUAAGUGUCCUUCUCCACCGCAACAACUCAGCCAGCACUUGGAAGCUUGACAUAUGCACCAAUCAAUUCAGUGACCGGUCGUAUGAAGUACUGAUGAACGCUAAGAAUUACUGCCGAAUCAGAAAAUACAUUAAUCCAGUGACUGAUACACCCGAUAGAACACCAAACAAACAGGGAUGAGGAUGACUGGGGACCAUGGAACGAACCGAACCCGCCAUGUCAGUGGGGGGUGAACAGGCCGCUGCUAUGGAUGCAGCCUCACAGCCUGAAAAUCAAGCUCUGAGACACAAGAACGAGAGCAAAUAUCAGGCCUAAAAGGUCAUACAAAAAUAUACUAAAAAGAGAGAAGCAGAGUGGAGUAGUCUGCUUAUGGACUUUAAGGUGUAUUCUUGUUGAAGGUGUUUUUUUAAGAACCCAAUUCUAUGUUUUUGUUACCCCUGUUAUGUUUACUUUCAACGGUCUAACCCACAGCUAUGGGUGUAACGCAAAACAUUGAGCCCUAUGACCAUGGAAUAGAUUUAGGUUGUUUACCUGAGUUUGGUAUUCUAUUGUAGCAGUGAGUCAAGUGAGGCACUGUUUCCUAUGCACUGAAUGGAGCUGUAUGCAUGCUACUGAUGCUGAAGUAAAGACACUAUAUGAACAAUACCUUGCUCUUAUAUUGUAUAAUCAGUACACAAAACAAGAGCUAGUAAAUGUUUUGAAACAGUGAUAUUUUGAGAUGACUAAGAAGUCAUUUGUAAAAACAGAUAAGGUUUUAUAAGUCCCUGUUUAAAUAAAGUGCAAAUAUAUAAUGAAUACUGUUGUUGUAUGUAUAGCAAUUCUUUACUGUCCAUAUAUUACAAGCAGUUUUAUGUGUUUUUGUCCAUGUAAAUGUGUGUGUAGGUUCAAUGCACAGUACCUUGAUUUAUCAUUUAACCUUAUCAUCAAUUAAAGGAAUAUAAUGUUUAAAACUGGCCUUUCCAUGUUGCUUAGCUAGCUUUUCAUUAUACAGUACAAUAAAACCUCAUGUGCAGAUAUCUACUAAGUCGGCUAUGGUUACUCAGAUGUAACACCUUAACUUGGAACCUAAAUUUACUAUGGGUACUUAAUAACUUAUAAUGUGUGGUGUACACAUCUUACUUCAUCCUACUUCAUCCUAAUAUCUUCAACCAUAGUAUUUCCUAUAUUGCACUGUGAAAGUGUGACAUGUAUACUGUAUAUUGUCUGUACCUGCAGUGUUGCAACACACCUUAUCUUCCGGAAUAACAUGUCAUGGGUAAACACAAUAAUAACACUUGAGAUGGUUUAUUACAUUAUUUAUUUAUUAUUUACUUAUCUAAUCAAUUCAUAUUGUUUUAUUAUUAUUAUUAAAAAGCAGAAUACAGAUCCAGUUCAUACAGAAUAGGCUAUUACCUAAAACAGGAAUGAGUCAUCUUCUCAGUUGUGCAGGUCACACCCAUGAUUAUUAGAGCGGUCUUCACAAAUGUUACCAUUCAACAUGAAAUUAUACUGUACACCACAGACUCUGGAGUGUGAAAGGUUCAGGGUCCAGAUACUAUUAACUCUGAUGUAAGAAAGAUACUGAUACAAAAAGAAUAGUCCUACACAUAUAGUCUUUGAAUAUAGAGUAGUCUAAGGCAGGGGUCUUCAACGUUUUCUCGGCCAGGGACCCCGACCCAGGCAAACUGACGACCCAGGGACCCCCAUCAUAUGUUAACCAAAAAACAUUUUGCAUCUUGUCUUAUCAUCAGGUGAAUGAUAAUGGCAAGGAGAAGUAGCCUAAUCAACAUUUUAAAAUAUAUAGAUUUGGUAGAUCGUUUUUCAUUAUUUUGACAUCCCCAUGUUAUAAUUGGAAGUGUAAACUCUAACAUAGCCUAUUAGCUAGAACUAACUCCAAACACAUUUUCGCUACUAGCAGCUGUUUAGCUGGUUAAACAAAGGCUAGCCAUGAGGUAAUCAGAUUUGCUUGUGGGUGCAUGAACAUGCGGACCAAUGGCACAAUACACUUUGGGGUCAUGGAUAAGAGUAAAGGCAUCCACAAGCAUGGUGAAAUCCUCGGAAUACCAGUUGAAAACCAAAGUGACUUUGUGGAUGCAUUGGACUACAUUGAAAAAUGCUUCAAGGAGUUUGACCACCAUUCUGAUGCCAGGAAAUGCAUAAGGAACCCAAAGUUUAUUGAGGUAAUUGACAAGGGGAACAGUGGAGGAAACUGGAUCAUUGAAUUGAUGUCGCAACAAAGUCAUCUAUGA